AUGAUCAUUUCAUCUAUAGGAAAUGGCGGUAAUUUGGCGAAAACAAAUAUAUCGACAAGUAACGCCAGCGUGAACAAUGCUGAAAUAAAUAACAACAAACCAAAUAUUGGAAUUGUAUUUAAUAAUUGUGAAGUGUUUAGAAGUAAAGAUAGGAAAGUAAAAGAGGGAAAUGAUUUAAAGAAAAAAGAACCGGAAACUCCAUCAACCAAAAAAAGCUCUCGCAGUAAUUUGUCGAAAAUUCGCAGUUUGCUCAAUAUAUCACUUAAAAUUCGCAAAGGAAAAAAAAUACCAAAGCCAUUAGAACGUUUGGAAGAAUCAAUAGUGGAAGAUGGCGAAUUAGGUAAAAGGCCAUCUGGCAAGUUAAAAAUUAAAUCAGACAAUGGCGUUAAUCAAACAGAUUCUAUUCUCCCACUUGAUCGUACGCAGUCUGAUUUUACACGACAAGAAACUCGAACAGCGAAAGAAAUACCGGCAUCAUUACCUUUACCACCCCCGAACGAAUCGACUUAUAUUUUCGGUGAUGACCUGACACAGGGGACGGCAGUUUGUUUUAACUGA